ACUGAUCAGUCGACGAAGUGGACGAAUUAUUGUGAAUGUGAAAAACUAGAAACAUAACUUUCUAAAACAUUUAAAACAGUUAAUAUUUCAAUAUUUUGAAUAGUGUAAUAAUUAGUGGUAUUAAAUAGUUAAAAUUUCAAACAUAAAUAGUUUAAAUUUUCUUAUAUAUAUUUUGUCAAUCGGAAUUUAUUAUUGAUUGCACAUAAUAUAAAAAUGAGCUGUAACAAAGUAUUAGAAUCAGUAAGAAAAAUUUUAAAUUUUUCAAUCAAACGUAAUGGGCAUGAUAAAAUUUUUGAAAAGGUGAAUUUAAUAUCAGCUGGAAAUGGGCAAUGUGUUGCUGAGAUGGUUGUAGAAAAACAACAUACUAAUGGAUAUGGUACACUUCAUGGAGGUUUUACAGCUGCCGCUGUAGAUGUUUUGUCUAGUAUGGCUGUAUUGACUCAUCCAAGAGUUGUUGAGGACAUUGAUUCGGCGCCUAACAGUGGUGUUUCUGUUAAUAUUAAUGUUUCGUAUUUGAAUUCAGCAAAAAUUGGUGACAAAAUAGUUAUUAAUUCUGAAACUGUUAAACUUGGAAGAAAUUUAGCAUUUUUAAGAGUGACAUUGUUCAGGAAAGAUGAUAAUGUUGUCAUAGCUCAAGGUUCACACACUAAAUUUGUGGGAUGAUAUGAAAAAUAUGUGUUAUGAUUAUUAUUUACCAUGAUACCAACAAAUUUAUUUAUUUCAUUUGCAUAGUAAAAAUUGUUUCUUUUUUAUACUUACUGUUUAGGUGUUGUGUUAUUUGUUAUUAGAUUUUAAUAAAAUAUUUUAGUUUCGAC